AUGCAGCCCUUGCUUCGGAUCUUCGCUGUCGCCGCGGCCAUGGCCUCGAUGGCGUCGGCCGAGUGCCCCGGCGGCUGCUCCGGCAACGGCGUCUGCGGCCCGCGCGACAUGUGCACGUGCUUCAAGAACUUCAUGGGCAACGACUGCGCGCUGCGCAUCUGCCCGUUCGGCUUCGCCCACGUCGACACGCCCAAAGGCGACAUCAACAUGGACCGCGUCAUGAAUUCGGGUGGCACGAUCCUCUUAAACUCGCAAAUGUACCCUGGCGGCACGUACGAGUGGACGAAACCCACGGCCGUCGCCGACGAAGCCCACUUUUACAUGGAGUGCUCCAACGAAGGCAUUUGCGACCGCGCGACCGGUCUCUGCGUCUGCUACCCGGGCUACGAGGGCUCGGCGUGCCAGCGCGCCAAGUGUCCCAACGCUUGCAACAACCGCGGCGUGUGCAAGUCCAUGGCGCAGGUCGCAGCCAACGGCGACCGGUCGCUCAGCAUCACGGGCAACCCGAAAGGCAACGUCAAGACAGCGUACACGUUGUGGGACGCCGACGCGGGCUACCAGUGCGUGUGCGACCCGGGGUUUGAAGGACCGGACUGCAGCAAGCGCAGCUGCAAGGUGGGCGUGGACCCGUUGUACGAAGCCGCGGGCUACCCGAUCUACGAGACGUUCAACAUCAUUGCGGCUGCUCUGCCCACGACAGCGAGCCAAUACGCUGGACUCGACCAAGGCGAGUCGUACUUGACGCCUCGGAUUCCGAUUUCGGCCGAAGCGGGUGCAACCAACGUGGGUGGUACGACGUUCACCAAAGUGUUUCAGGCGCUGCCCAACAAGGUCUUUUCCAGUAUCUCGUGCUACUCGAAGGAUUAUCCGGGGUAUGUUAACACCAUUCCUGCCCUCAGCGCCGACGAAGAUGGUUUCUACGUGACGUGCCAAUACACGGACAACCCGGGCCCGAUCCGGUUGCCCGAGGUUGUGGCAUCCGCGUUCGUAGACAGUACCGGCACCACGAGGACGAGCACAUCCCGUGCGUUUGUGACGGCCAACAACCGCCGCGGCGAAGCCAUCGACUUUUGCGCCACGGCCACCAGCGCUUACUACGCUUCGGUCGCCGCCAAUACGAUUACGGUCACGGGCACUUCACCCCCGAUCCCAGCCCUGUCCGUCAUCAAAAUCAACGACCGGCUCACGAUUGCUACUCUGGUGGCGGGAUUGGCCAUCACGACCGUGUGGCCUGUACCAUCAGCCGGCAUGACGGCCGGGGCAACGGUGUACUACGCGACGGGCCUCGCAGCCGUCGCCGACGCGUGUCAGAUCGCAGCCUGGGCCGUCGGCUCCAAUUCGUUCUCGUGCGCGGUAGCCCCAACGGCUGUUGUCGGCAGCAAGAUCAUGUACCAGAACGCGAUCUACUACGUCCGGUCCAUCACGCCACCGGUGGCUGCUGUCGUGGUGGCGGCAGAAGUUACGUACACAACGGCAAAUUCCUCCUACAGAGCUGCCGCGCCAGAGAUACUGGCCGCACCGGCGGUCAUUACGGUCGACCGCAACUUCAAUGGCAUGGCCUUGAAUGGGUUGUCCGUGACGAGCGCCACGGAAACAUUCUACAUUCUCACGCCGACGGCGACGCCGGCGCCGGGCACGUACACGUACGUCUCGCAGUGCUCGGGCCGCGGUCUCUGCGACUUUGCCACCGGCCUUUGCCAGUGCUUCAAGGGCUACACCAACGACAACUGCGACACGCAAAACAUCCUCGCGUUCUAAGCCAAAACCUGGGCUAAAAUACAUUGUAUAUUGUGUAC